AUGCGGGACUUGUUAAGCAUUUACUUUUACUUAUGUACUAAUAACUACUAUUGGGUGCAGUCGUGCCUAAGACAUGAAAAUCUUCACCGUGUUGAAAUUUAUUUCGAAACGCAGGCACAUUUAAUUGUCUUUACUUUUCCACGUUUUCCUCGUUUUCAUACUAGAUUGGUUUCCGUAGCUUAUAAAGACGAAAUAGUUCGUGUAGAACAAGGUGAAGAAUUCGUGGUUGAACGUAUUGUUAAUCAUCGCUUUCGUAAUGGACGAAAAGAAUAUUUACUCGCUUGGAAAGGUUAUUCCGAAGAAGAAAAUACUUGGGAACCUCAUCAAAACUUAGAUUGUCCGGAUUUGAUCGAAGAAUAUGAAAAUCGUCUAGUGCAAAAAUCUCGUUACAUCAAUGAACCUUCGACGUCACUCAAACGCAAAUCCUCUAUAGAUCAAACGCAAGUGCAAAACAAACGUGGUCGACCGCCGAAUGAUUCCUUAGCUCAUCGAAACUACUCCAAACAACAAACAUCGUCCGUACAAUCCGAAGAGCCAUCUGCGUUCGAUCGUGGUUUUGAAGCGGAAAAGAUUCUUGGUGCUACCGAUGCAACAGGUGAACUGAUGCUCUUAGUCCAAUGGAAAGGUACAGGUGAAGCAGAUCUUAUUCCUGCUCGUAUAUGUAAUAUAAAAUGUCCACAAGUUGUGAUAAAGUUUUACGAAGAUCGUUUAACAUGGAUCACAAGUCAACAGCAAACAACAAAUGACACGAAUAAUAAUAAUCAUAUCGUUAAUACGAUUCCAUCACCACAAACCAAUACAAAUCUUGUUGUCAAUGAUAAUAAUUCAACAACAUUGUGA